ACCAUUGCUAUCGGCUCACGCUCUGCCCAAACUAGAUUGAUUAUGGUCAAUAACACAAGGCGAAAUUAUAAUUCCAUUCGUAAGGCUUUUUUAUUGUAAUAAUUUAAAUUAAUCGCAAAUCAAGUCUGUCUGUCUGGAAGCACCAUUUUUUUUGUUUAUUUUUUUUAACAGAUGAACCGACCAAGCUAAGUUAAGUAUGCGAUAAAUAUGAGUUUCAUAAGCGGUGUGAUGCAUUCAUGGACAGUACUGGCACACGUGGUUGUCAAUAGAGAAAGGUUAUGAUGCUCAUAUUGCAUACUGCAAAAUAAAAAAUAGCUUUGACCUAGCUAGCUCGACAUUUGGAAUGGACAUUCUUUUUGUAGCAUUCUAAUGGAAAAGGGACAAUGAUCCACAUAGCAGGGGACACAUCAAUAAGACACAGAAAAAACUUCCAGGCAUCCACUCCUCAAUCUAUUGACAAAAACUCCAACAAGGAUGGACACUUGACUGAGGAUGACAGUCGGCAAACCAAUGGGAGUCACUUCAGAAAAAGAAGAAGCUCCACCAGUGAUGAGUCCACCAGUAGAGGACUGCUUCUCUUGGUGGCUGGAUUGUCCUUCUCCACACGUCUCUAUAAUAUAAAAGAGCCUCCUCAUGUGUGCUGGGACGAGACACACUUUGGAAAAAUGGGGAGCUACUACAUCAACAGGACCUUCUUUUUUGAUGUCCACCCACCUCUGGGGAAGAUGCUGAUCGGACUAGCUGGAUACAUGAGUGGUUACGAUGGCACGUUUCCAUUCACAAAGCCAGGAGAUAAAUAUGAACAUCACAACUACUGGGGCAUGAGAAUGUUCUGUGCGGGCUUAGGCUCUUUUCUCUCCAUCUUUGCCUACCUCAUCGUACUGGAGCUGUCGCACUCUCAGACUGCUGCUCUCAUUGCUGCUUGGCUCCUCAUAUUUGACACGGGCUGCAUCACGAUUUGUCAGUACAUCCUGUUGGACCCCAUCCUCUUGUUCUUCAUCAUGGCAGCAGUGUUCAGUAUGGUCAAGUUCAAGCAGCAAAAAGACAGGCCUUUUUCUGCUUCCUGGUGGUUUUGGAUGAUACUUACUGGUGUCAAUCUUGCUGGGGCUCUCGGGGUGAAGUUUGUGGGUCUUUUUGUCAUCCUGCUGGUGGGACUGAACACAGUUUCGGACCUUUGGAGACUUUUAGGAGAUCUGGAUCUAUCGCUGGUGGACAUCGCUAAGAACUUCCUGGCGAGGGUUGUGGCGCUCAUCCUGCUUCCCAUCUUCCUCUAUGUUACAAUAUUUGCAGUCCAUUUUGUGGUGCUGAACAAAAGCGGACCAGGAGAUGGUUUCUUCAGUUCAGCCUUCCAGUCUCGUCUCAUCGGGAACAAUUUGCACAAUGCGUCUAUGCCUGAGUACCUGGCAUACGGCUCCACCAUUACAUUGAAGAACCUUCGCAUUGCUGGAGGCUACUUGCACUCUCACUGGCACUUGUACCCUGACGGAGUUGGAGCGAAGCAGCAGCAGGUUACAGCCUACCUUCACAAGGACUACAACAACUUGUGGUUGGUGCACAGACACAACGAUACAAACUCGCAAUCCAAGUCCCCUGAUCUGGUUCGUCAUGGUGACAUCAUCAGAUUGGAGCACAAAGAAACAACUCGAAACCUUCACAGUCACCUCCAUGAAGCCCCGCUCACCGCAAAGCACUUCCAAGUUACGGGGUAUGGCAUUAAUCAUACCGGUGACAACAAUGACCUCUGGCAAGUGGAGGUGUGCGGAGGUCGCAAAGGUGACCCUGUGAAGGUGCUGCGCAGCAAAGUUCGCUUUCUGCACAAAGCCAUCGGUUGUGCGCUUUCCUCAUCUGGGAAAACUCUCCCCAAGUGGGGCUGGGAACAAGUGGAGGUCACCUGUAGUCCGUACUUGAAGGAGACUCCCAGCUCACAGUGGAACAUUGAAGAUCACGUCAACGCCAAAUUGCCCAACAUUAGUCUGGCAGUGCUGAAGCCUCAUUUUCUCGAGAUCCUCGUGGAGUCUCACAUUGUGAUGAUAAGAGGUAACAGCGGUUUGAAGCCCAAAGACAAUGAGAUGAACUCCAAACCAUGGCACUGGCCCAUCAACUACCAGGGUCUGAGGUUCUCAGGAGUGAAUGAAACAGAGUAUCGCGUGUACUUACUUGGCAACCCUGUGGUCUGGUGGCUAAAUCUGGCCAGUUUGGGUUUAUAUUUGAUUCUGGUAGCAGUCACUUCCGUUGCUUUCCAAAGAGGCAUCUCAGUGAGCCAAAGCAGAAGAGAUCAAUGUUAUGUGCUCAUGAGGGGAGGAGGCCUCCUGUUCCUUGGCUGGCUCCUGCACUACGUGCCAUUCUACACCAUGGGCCGGGUUCUCUACUACCAUCACUAUUUCCCUGCAAUGCUCUUUAGCAGCAUGCUAACAGGAAUUACGUUGGAUUUCCUGUUGAACAUGGCCGACCUUCUUUUUCCGCCACCUUAUUGUGACUGGCUGCAAAGAGUUGGAAAAGUGUUUCUACUGGUAGUUGUUCUUUACAGUUUCUACCUGUUCCACCCGCUCACCUAUGGCAUGACGGGGCCUCUGGCGCACGAGCCAGGCAGCUCAAUGGCCGGACUGAAGUGGAUGGAGUCCUGGGAGUUCUAACAAGUUUUCCGUGAACAUGACACUAAAGUUUUAAGUCAAACCGUUUUGAGCAGAAAGGACUUCAACUAAUUUGUCAUUAAUUGCACAGUCUUGCAGUGUUGAAGAAAAUGUUUUGUCGUAGUACUGUACACCGUCAGAGUUGUUUGAAUUGAGUGUUUGGUGCUGGAGGAUUUGAGGCUACAAGGAAUCAGCGCUAACUUACAAAUUGCGUUGUAAUCAUACCGGAUGUUGUAAGAACGAUCGUAAGUGCCUCAAAAAUUCUUUUUAUUGUUAUCUUGAUCUAGAUUUUUUGGUGAUAUAGCUUUUUACGCAUAUAUAACUCUCCAUGUUAAUAAACUACGAUAUUAUUUUA